AUGAUGAGUCGCUCCCCGUCACCAGACACGGUCCUCAACGCGCCUUUGGUGUCCUCGUCGUUGGCCCCCCCGCGGGAUAUCAAAAGUGCGGGGACAACGAGGAUAGACUUUGAUGGACUGCUCCGUGAACCUCUUCUGUUGAAGGAGGAUCUCAAGAAUGGAUGUGGUGGUCAACUGUGGCCAGCAGGCAUGGUUCUGUCAAAAUAUAUGCUGUCAAGGCAUGCCACCGAUAUGGCAGGGAAAACAAUCGUGGAGUUGGGAGCCGGCGGUGGACUCGUCGGAUUGGCGGUGGCCCGUGGGUGCGAGAUCGGUCUCCCUCUACACAUCACGGAUCAAAUACCCAUGUUCGACCUGAUGAAAGAUAACAUCGCGCUCAACCAACUCGACUCGACCGUGGUUGCAUCGGUCCUGGACUGGGGAGAGCCCAUCCCCAGUCAUGUUCCCUCCAAACCCGAUGUCAUCCUAGCGGCCGAUUGUGUCUACUUCGAACCCGCGUUCCCGCUGCUCAUCACCACGCUGCAAGAUCUGUUGGGUCCGAACUCGGUCUGUUACUUUUGCUACAAGAGGCGGCGUCGGGCGGAUUUGCGGUUCAUGAAGAUGGCCAAGAAGGCCUUUGAUGUGCAGGAGGUGCGCGACGAUCCACAUGCGGCCGAGUAUAGUCGAGAAUCUCUGUACAUGUACACGAUCCGUGUCAAACCUACCAAGCAACCCGCGACAUCAAAGCAGAUACCAGCUACCAAAGAGACUACCUUGUUGGUGACAGAGGUGGAAAAGCAAGACUGA